AUGGACUCCAGGAAGCAGAACUCUUCAGCACAUCCCUACUCUUGCUCUGCGCCGGCGGCUUCGCAGCACAUCAUUCCAAGCUCCGAAGCACAGACCGGACCCUCAUUCCCGGAAGAUCCGUCUGAAAACACUCCCGAAGACUUUGGAUAUGACGAUUGUCUAUUUGAGUUUGAUGACUCCGAUGAGCGGGAUUGUUCGAGCUCCAUCAUCGACUCGAUCCGUGGCCAUGUGUACGAGUGUGGCUUCAGAUAUCAUGCAUACCAUGCGGGUAAAUACGCCUACCCCAACGAUGAGACCGAGCAAUGCCGCGAGGAAAUCAAGCAUAGGAUGUCAGCCAUGCUCUGUGACGGCCAAUUCUUCUUUGCUCCCGUCGAGGAGGCAUUGGAAGAUGGUGGACAGGUCCUUGACUUGGGCACUGGUACCGGGCUAUGGCCCAUGCAAUUGGCUGAAAACUACCCGGACGCAGUCAUCACAGGCAUUGACCUAUCACCCAUCCAGCCCAGAUUUGUUCCAGAAAACGUGCGCUUCUACGUCGACGACAUCGAAGACGAGUGGGUGGACCCCGAGAACAAGUACGAUUACAUCCAUCUGCGCUUUGCACUACACACCCUCAAAGAUAGGAAGUCGCUUAUGCAACGUGUGAUGCGACACCUCAAACCAGGCGGCUACUUCGAAAUCCAAGAGAUCGAUCUCAGCAAUCCAGGAUGCGACGAUCACACCCUCACACCAGAUACUCCAUAUGCCGUCCGUGACUACCACAAGUACCUAGAAGCCGGCCUCCGUGCCAUGGGCGCCGACAUAAGCGCCAUCCAAAAGACUUCUCAGGAGAUGCGCGAGGCCGGCUUUGAGGAUGUUACCGAGAUUACGAAGAAGUUGCCUCUUGGGAUCUGGCCGGCGGAUAAGAAGCUCCGACUUUGCGGUCUGUUCUGGCGAACGGCGGCCAUGGAUGGCAUGGCGGGACUGUGCAGCAGGCCGUUUCGGGCUAUAGGGCUGACGCCGACGCAGAUCGAGUCGUUUCUGGUUGAUGUGAGGAAGGCUGUUAUGGAUGGCAGUAUUCAUACAUACUUUCCUUUGACUACUGUUUAUGGGAGGAAACCGUUGGAUGGUUAGGUUUUGGGAUGUCACACGGGUUGGCAGUUUGGCGCAUAUUAGCAUAACGAGUUUCAAGUUGAUGACACAAUUGCAAGAAUGUAAAGGCUUCCUUGGU